AUGGAGAGCGAUGUGAGAGACUGUCUCAGCGACUGCUCCUGCCAUCAGAACUACCAGUUCUACGAGUACGAUGAGCGCUUCAUUCUGGGUGUGGUAGCGUGGGGCGUGAUCGUGUUUGGUAUCAUCUGCAACCUCACAUCAGUUCGUAUCUUCACACAUCGUCUUAUGUACUCUACGUGUAUCAACUGGUAUCUGACCGUGCUCUCAGUGACAGAUUCUUUGGUUUUGGCAUCAGCGUUCUUCGUGCUGACCUUACCUAGGUUGGGAGAGACAUUUCAGUUUUGGAUUGCUACGAGAAUCAGGUAAGAUACUAAAAGUGUUUACGUAUAUCUUAAAUUAACGUAAGAUAACUAAUGAAUAGCCGACGGAGCUGUAUAAUAAUAUUAAUUACUUUUUUCUUACAUGUAUAUUAUUUUUUUGAUAAUACAUCUAACUUUAAGUCAUGUUUUAGCUACAAGAUGGUGCCAGUUUGCUACGGGUUGAUGACUUUUGCUCAAACUGCCAGGUAACAACUUUAUACGCACUUUAGACAAUAUAUUUUUCUAAUAACUAUAAAGUAUAAUUAAAACUUUUGAUCAUACAUUGCUAAAUCUAUCCAACAUCUGAAUACAAUGCACAUAACAUACAGUAACGUAACAUGAAUUUGCAAGUCUGUUCUAAUAAUACAAUAUCUUUACAGUGUGUGGAUAACAGUGGCCUUAUCAGUGCACAGAUUUGUUGGUGUUUGUUAUCCUUUUCGGUCGAUGGACUGGCUGAGUGAACAGAAAGUCCGUAGACUAAUAGUCAGUAUUAUAAUGUUCGCGGCCUUAUUCAAUGUGACGAGGUUUUUCGAGGUGAGAGUCGUGAAUAAUUGCUUCCGGAAGAACAUCGGGACUCUGAUUCCGGUAAGUCAAUAACAUAUUUGGCUAACAAAAAUCAAUUUUAUCAACAAAAGGUAUGGGAGAGGCAAGUAUAAGCAGCUAAAUCAAUUCAACUUUUUAUAUAAGAUUCUACUGCAGUAGUACGUAAUGAUGGUAAUACUACUAUUUUAAUAUUUUGCUUUUUGUACUCGCAAGUACUUGCCACAAGAAUGUUGCACGUAUCUUGAGAUAAGUCUGUAAUUGUUUAGGUAAUCGCCCCAACUGCUCUCCGGAUGAACCCAAUUUAUCGACUGGUCUUCUUUGGCUGGGCCUACACCUUGGUCAUGUUCCUUUUGCCAUUUGUGACGUUGAUUAUUGUAAACUCUCGGGUACUACACAGUAUCAGACGCCAGAACCGGCUCCAUCGUCGAGAGAGCACAACACCGGCGGAGAAACAGAUGACCAAGAAGGCGGAGAUCAAGGAGCGACAAACCACCAUCAUGUUAUUCGCCUUGGUGGCAGUGUUUUUGUCGUGCAACACCUUGGCUUUGCUGUCUAACAUCAUGGAGAACCUUGGGUAUGACGAUACCUCCGCCUACGCCACUCUUGUCACUUUCAAUAACUUUUUCGUAAGUUCAAGCAAUUAGAUAUAAGUCAAAACUUUUAUUUAACAAUUUCCUUAUGGCAGUUCGAGCCCUAGGAUACGCUUUUUCUAGCCAAAACGUUCUUUUCUUGAGAUUAACAGUUUUGCAAUAGUAUAAAUUGUAGCUAUAUCUAUAAAGGGUAUUGUGCGUUUUAAUUUAAAUUAGUUUUUAAAAUAACUUAAUCAAUCAACUCGUUAAAGAUAUUGGCGAAAAAGAAGAUUAGCAUCCCAAUCCGGUUAACAGAUUAUUGUUUCGCCUUUCAGGUAAUCGUUAACGCCUCAAGCAAUGUUUUUAUAUUCCUCUUGUUUUCCGAAAAGUAUCGACUAAUCAUGAAGACCUACAUGGGAUUAUAUCGGCGGCCGAGUAGAACCGAGUCUCAGCUCCUCACCAACGGCCCCAUCUUCCUUUAA